GCAAAUGCAUCAACGCUUGGUUGCCUGCUUGAUUUGAUUUGAUUUAAUUCUGCAUGCUCGCUAGCUGGGCUGCAUCCACUGUCUACGAUUCAACACAAACCAGUAAAUAGGAUAUAUAUGCAAUACGUACAACUGAGAAGAAGAAGAGAAAGUACAGAGUUGCCUAGGGAAGCAAAAAUAUCAGAACAUAAUGUGCGUGCGCUUCUAAUUUAGCAACCCAGCUAAGAUGUACAGAUAAAUUACAGCUGAUUAGCUCACUAGUUGACUGGAGACAGAGAAUGUAUCAUACUUUAACCAGGUUGUCGCAUGUACCAACAAUUAACCGAAUUGGAAGGUUUUAACCAAGAGAAAUCAGGGUGAAACACAGGGCUGCUGGUUGAACCGAUAAAAAAUUCACCCCCAGUACGAAACUGGGACCAUGUAAACAAGAUUCAGUUGGACUACUAUAAUCAUGGAUGUCAAUUCAAGUAGGUACACAGCCGCUAACAAGCCGAUGGAUGGAAUUGAAUGGACUCUGGCUAGCUGGCCAGGGCUUACCCACCAAACAAUUACAGUAACAUUUUUUUCCCCGUUGAAGGCAAGAGUAAAAAAGAGAGGGUGAAAUGUAGUAUCAGGGGCGCUAUGCAUGAUUUGGUUGCAUUUGUUGUUGAGGACCAUACAUAAUUUGAUGGGGUAAUCAACUAGUCCUAGUCACCCUCAUACUACGAGGGAGGGAGCAGUACUAAUGAUCUGUCUGUCCUGUGUGGAGAAAGGCGCAAGUAGACAAAACACGCACGCGUCUACACUGUCCCCAUCACAUGAUCCCGUCCGACUAGCUAGUCUAGUACUCCAAGCUUGAGAGCAUCAUUUGAAUCAGAAUCAAAGGUGAGAUACAGGACACUGCAUAGGAUUUAUUUUUCCGGUUGAUUGAAUCCGCUGUUUCUGGAGGACGACGUGCACGUCUUGAGCCACGAGAUCCACGAGUCGUUUUUCUUUUCUUUUCUUUGGGGGAGUUGUUAUUUUCUGAGGCUGGCAAGGGAGGGGAGGGGAGGAGAGGGAGUUCCACGACUUGGAUUUCUCAUCCUCUCCGGUCUCUCUUGUCCCUCCAGCUCGUUUUUCUUUCAUCCAAACCCAAGCAACCUCCCUUAAUAAUUGUGCAACGGAAAUUAAAUUCUAGUCCCUCCCUCCACUUGUCGUCAUCUCUGACGUCAGGGAGGGGACGCCAGGAUGCGACGCCGAAACGGACCUGCCUCUGCCUGCUGCUUGGACCCUUCCUUCCUUGGCUUUCUAUUCGCGCCCGCGCGUGUGGCAAGCAAGCAAAUUAAAGCGGGAAUGCCACGCCACGCCACGCCCGCUGCGUGCCCGAUUUCGCUUUGCCCUUUCUCCAUUCGGGUCUCCCCCCAGCCGGGGAAAGGCGGCGGCAUUGCGCUGAUUGGCCUCGCCUCCCAAUCCAACCUCCGCUCCUUUUAUCUAUCUAUCUAUUGUGAGGGGUGGGGAGGACUCGAUUCGAUUGGCUUGCCUGCCUGCCUGCAAGCAAUGGCGGCCAAUGAGGAGGAGGAGGGGACUUCGCCGCUGCUGAGCAAGGAGGAGGAACGCCGGCACCACCCCGGCUGCCCGGGCUGCGACCACGACCGGAGGAAGGACCUCCAGACCGGGCUGCCUUACAAGGAAUUCUCCUACGUCUGGAUGAUCUGCCUCACCACCGCUUUACCAAUAUCGUCACUGUUCCCCUUCUUGUAUUUCAUGAUAAGAGACUUGCAUGUUGCAAAAAGAACAGAAGAUAUUGGGUUCUAUGCUGGGUUUGUAGGUGCUUCUUUUAUGUUUGGUAGAUGUUUGACUUCAACUCUUUGGGGAAUAGCAGCAGAUCGUAUUGGGAGGAAGCCUGUUGUUGUGUUUGGCAUUCUCUCUGUGGUGAUAUUUAAUACUUUGUUUGGGCUUAGUGUCACCUAUUGGAUGGCAAUAGCUACAAGGUUUCUCCUUGGCGCUUUAAAUGGCUUACUUGGACCAAUGAAGGCUUAUGCUAUUGAAGUUUGCCGACCUGAACAUGAACCUCUAGCACUAUCACUUGUCAGCACGGCAUGGGGAAUAGGUCUCAUCAUUGGUCCUGCUCUUGGAGGCUACCUUGCACUGCCUGCAGAAAAAUACCCAAAUAUAUUUUCACCUGACUCAUUAUUUGGAAGGUUCCCCUACUUCUUACCAUGCUUGUGCACAUCAGUCUUUGCUGCCAUUGUUCUGAUAAGCUGCAUAUGGAUGCCGGAGACGUUACACAAGCAUAAAGUCAGUGAUGAUGGAAAUCAAAGUGUUGAAGCUUUGGAGGCCCAUCUGAUUGAUCCAAAAGAGGAGGUUGGACAAAGUAAUAGUUCGAAUACCAAGAAGAGCUUAUUCAAGAAUUGGCCAUUGAUGUCAUCUAUAAUUGUUUAUUGCGUCUUCUCCUUCCACGAUAUGGCUUAUACAGAGGUGUUCUCUCUAUGGGCUGAAAGUGACAGGAAGUAUGGUGGACUGAGUUUAUCAUCUGAAGAUGUAGGUCAAACACUUGCAAUUACAGGUGCCAGUCUUCUUGUGUAUCAACUAUUUAUGUACCCAUCCAUCAUUAAAGUUCUUGGACCGAUCAAAUCUUCUCAGAUCGCAGCUGUUCUGUGCAUACCUAUUCUCUUUGCCUACCCCUAUAUGACAUACCUCUCAGGACCUGGAUUAUCAAUCGUACUGAAUAUUGCAUCAGUCAUAAAAAAUAAUCUUGGUCCUCAGAACCAAAGAGGAGCAGCAAAUGGAUUAGCCAUGACUGGAAUGUCCUUUUUCAAGGCAAUUGCCCCUGCAGGUGCCGGCAUUGUGUUCUCGUGGGCGCAGAAACGCCAGCACGCUUUCUUCUUUCCAGGUGAUCAGAUGGUGUUCUUUCUGCUGAACAUCAUCGAGCUCCUUGGACUUGUCCUCACAUUCAGACCCUUCCUGGCCGUGCCAGAGCAGUAUGAAAGAAACUAGCCUUCCCGUGCGUUAUUAUUGUAGAUUUUUUUUGGAUUAUUGAUGAGACGAUGACGACUCAUGCGGCCCCGCCACGGCGGAGAGAAGGGCUCAAGGGCGGCCUUGCAUCAGGAUAAGAGGUGAUUACCUGUACUUGUGUGUAACAUAUAUGUUGUAGCAGCAUCUCAGAAUGAAGGUGGUGCAUAUAUACAUGUUUUGUCUGGUAUAUAGAUGGUGGUGGCCAGUUAAGUUGGUUGUUUGCCAUUAGUUAGGUAGCAACAUUUGUAAAACUAGUGCACAAUGCAAGAGACCUGUACUAGCUGGGAAGAAAUAAUCUGGUGGGAAUUAAUGGCAUCGGCAUAGUUGUUGUCA